AUGUUUGGAGAACUGGAGAAAGAUUCAAGGCUUCCAUCAGUUCAGUGUCUAGAAGAUGCAUCUCCAGAGUUCAAGACCAAGUACUCACUGGACUCCUCACAAAAGCUUGAGAGUAUGCUUGAGGUGGUUCCAAGUCCAGACCACCUUCUGGGGGAGCUGCAGGUAGCCUUUGUAGCAUUCCUGGUUGGUCAUGUGUAUGACUCUUUUGAACAUUGGAAGAGGCUGGUCCACAUGUUCUGCACAUGUGAUGAGGCACUGGGGAAGUACCCUGACCUUUUCCUCAAGCUGCUUUCAUGUUUGCAUUAUCAGAUACAGGAGGUGCCAGAGGACUUUUUCACAGACAUCAUGUCUAGGGAGAAUUUCCUGGUGCAUACUCUGCACACCCUGUUCUCUAACCUGGAGGAUGAGAACAUACCACAGACUCUGAAGCAGAGGGGUGUUCUGUUCAAAACUCACCUCAUCAAGAAGUUCAAGUGGGACUUCAGUGAAGAACCAGAGGAUUUUGCACCAACCAUUGUUGAAACUGAGUGAUCACACAUAUGUCCAUGUGAUAUGUGUGGUCUAUGAUCACACAUCUAACAAGGUCUCUGUGAUGGACUCACAAUGUGGUUUUAGUUCAUGGCACUUCGGAAUGUGUAUUCAUUUUGCUUUACAUGUGACCUAUAAUGUAAUAACUCAAAAUGUGUCAUGGAGAGAAACUAGCUCAAAACUUAGAUGAGCGGUUGUGUGAUAGGGCAGGACUUGUGCAUGGAAAGUUGUUUGCAAAUUUUCUAUAAAAUGCCUUUGCCUGAUCAUAAUAAACUGUUAUGCAUUGGUGGCAUGAUUUUGCCUGCUUGUCCCAUCACUUUCCUUCUGGUAUUUUCUUUCUUAGACAUGUAAGGAAGAUGUAGUGCUGUAUGUUGUGCUUCUUGGCAACCAGUGAGGUGGUGGUUCAGCUGUGGUGACAAUACAAUUGCUGAGGCAGAUUCC